AUGCUCUGAAGCUGGAAAAUCCAUAUUAGCACCCUGGAAAAAAAUCUGCAAGCCUUGUGAUGAUCUGAAGCUUGAAGAUGUUUGCCCGAGAUAUCAAAACUGCAGGCAGUGCCACUCAGAUGGGCAGGAGAGUUGUGCGGCUUGUCCAGAUGAUCAAUUCGGAAGAUGGUGUGAAAAUGUUUGCACUUGUGUCAACGGUGGUGUCUGCAACCAUAACGGUAAAUGCCAAUGCCCCUAUUAUUAUGAAGGACAAAACUGUGAAAAAAGAAAAGGUUGUUCCCCACCAAGUGGCAUUCUAUAUCCAUUACAAGUUACUCUUACGCCUUCUGACAGACCAGUUACAGCUGUUUAUAGCUGUCCGGAAGAUUAUGAACUCAGCGGUUCAGCUGUGAGCACCUGUCUGCCCGAUGAUGAAUGGUCAAGCGAACCUCCGGUCUGUUUUAAAAGGUGUCCUCUCCUGAGCUCGCCAGCCAAUGGAAAACUGACAUUCUCUGCCAAUAUUCUGGUUGAAGGAGUUACAGCGGACAUAACAUGCAACCCUUAUCAUAGACUAAUAGGACAGAAAAAGCUUGCUUGCUUGGCAAAUGGACAGUGGAGCAUGGAACUUCCAAUAUGUGAACCGUUAGCAUUCUGUCCUGAUCCAGGAAAUAUUCAGUAUGCUGACAGAACUAUCCUUUCUGGAGAAGUUAAAUCUGGAGGCAAGUUUAUCCAGGAUUCAAAAGUUCAAUAUAGUUGUAAGCCUUACUUUGAGCUUAUGGGAGAAGAUACCCUUUUCUGCCUUUCUGAUGGAACCUGGUCAUCAGAACCUCCUUCUUGCAUUAAAGGGUUUGACGUAAUAUGUGUAAGCCAUAUUGGCCAGGAUGUCUCUGGUGGUCUCUGCAAGUGA